AUGUUUGAGGCAUAUCUGACCUCAACCAACCUUAUAAAAGCUGCUAUAAAAACUAUCGAAGAGAGUAGAAGCUCAUUGCAGUCACUGAUAGACAAACUGCAGAUGGAAUACAAUGAUUCCAAAACAAAAGGCAACAAAAAGGACUUUGAGAUAGAAGUCGAGGAAAUCGAAAAUGAAGCAAAUGUCACUGAUGUCAUGGCAAGAGCAAAUGAAAUGAUAUUCAUGCUAGAAGCAAGAGCUACAGAAGCAGCAAAUCAAGCUGAUAAUUUUGCAACGAAGUUGGGAAUAAAAUUACACAGAAACCAACGAAUAGUAACGCAUCUUCAAGAUGCAAGUAAUCGAUCGCCUCAAACGGGAAGGGCAAACGGUAACAGAUCAAAGUAG